UCUUCCCUCGCUCAAGAUGGCGCUGCUCGCGAUACCUUCCUGGCGCUGGGCAGCUGCGGCGGCUGCUUUCGAAAAGCGUUGUUGGCACGCUGUGAUACCGAUCCGGCCCCUAGUCUCUAUCUGGAGCCCAGGUCCGCAAUGGAGGUCACGUCAGCUCGGCGGCUCGGGAACUGCUGGAAUCUCCCAGAUCUCAGAGUCAUUAAGACAUACCACAUGGCAGAGACUAGGAAAAGGCAAUUCAAGACAGUUAUUAGACGCUACAAGGGUUCUUCAGGUAUGGCCACUCAUAGAAAAGAGGACAUGUUGGCAUGGUCAUGCAGGAGGAGGACUCCACACAGACCCGAAAGAAGGGUUAAAAGAUGUUGAUACUCAGAAAAUCAUAAAAGCAAUGCUCUCUUAUGUGUGGCCCAGAGACAGGCCAGAUCUACGAGCUAGGGUUGCCAUUUCCUUGGGAUUUUUGGGUGGAGCAAAGGCUAUGAAUAUCGUGGUUCCCUUCAUGUUUAAAUAUGCUGUAGACAGCCUCAACCAGAUGUCGGGAAACAUGCUGAACCUGAGUGAUGCACCAAAUACAGUUGCAACCAUGGCAACGGCAGUUCUCAUUGGCUAUGGUAUAUCAAGAGCCGGAGCUGCCUUUUUUAAUGAAGUUCGAAAUGCAGUAUUUGGCAAGGUAGCCCAAAAUUCAAUCCGAAGAAUAGCCAAAAAUGUCUUUCUCCAUCUUCACAACCUGGAUUUGGCUUUCCACCUGAACAGACAGACAGGAGCUUUAUCAAAGGCUAUUGACAGAGGGACAAGGGGUAUCAGUUUUGUCCUGAGUGCUUUAGUAUUUAAUCUUCUUCCCAUCAUGUUUGAGGUGACCCUUGUCAGUGGUGUUUUGUAUUAUAGAUGUGGUGCCCAGUUUGCACUGGUGACCCUUGGGACACUUGGUGCAUACACAGCAUUCACAGUUGCUGUCACACGGUGGAGAACUAGAUUUAGAAUAGAGAUGAACAAAGCGGAUAAUGAUGCAGGUAACGCUGCGAUAGACUCACUGCUGAAUUAUGAAACUGUGAAGUAUUUUAAUAAUGAAAAUUAUGAAGCACAAAGAUAUGAUGGAUUUUUGAAGACAUAUGAGACUGCUUCAUUGAAAAGUACCUCUACUCUGGCUAUGCUGAACUUUGGUCAAAGUGCUAUUUUCAGUGUUGGUUUAACAGCCAUAAUGGUGCUCGCCAGUCAGGGAAUUGUGACAGGUACCCUUACUGUUGGAGAUUUAGUAAUGGUGAAUGGACUGCUUUUUCAGCUUUCAUUGCCCCUUAACUUUCUGGGAACUGUAUACAGAGAAACUAGACAAGCACUUAUAGAUAUGAACACCUUGUUUACUCUACUCAAGGUAGACACCCGAAUUAAAGACAAAGCGAUGGCAUCUCCCCUUCAGAUCACACCACAGACAGCUACGGUGGCCUUUGAUAAUGUGCAUUUUGAAUACAUUGAGGGGCAGAAAGUCCUUAGUGGAAUAUCUUUUGAAGUUCCUGCAGGAAAGAAAGUGGCCAUUGUAGGAGGUAGUGGGUCAGGGAAAAGCACAAUAGUGAGGCUGUUGUUUCGCUUCUAUGAGCCUCAAAAGGGUAACAUUUACCUUGCUGGUCAAAAUAUACAAGAUGUGAGCCUGGAAAGCCUUCGGAGGGCAGUGGGAGUGGUACCUCAGGAUGCUGUCCUCUUCCAUAAUACCAUUUACUACAACCUCUUAUAUGGAAACAUCAAUGCUUCACCAGAGGAAGUGUAUGCAGUGGCAAAAUUAGCUGGACUCCAUGAUGCAAUUCUUCGAAUGCCACAUGGAUAUGACACCCAAGUAGGGGAACGAGGACUCAAGCUUUCAGGAGGAGAAAAGCAAAGAGUAGCAAUUGCAAGAGCCAUUUUGAAGGACCCCCCGGUCAUUCUCUAUGAUGAAGCUACUUCAUCAUUAGAUUCAAUUACUGAAGAGACUAUUCUUGGUGCCAUGAGGGAUGCAGUCAAACACAGAACUUCUAUUUUCAUUGCACACAGAUUGUCAACAGUUGUUGAUGCAGAUGAGAUCAUUGUUUUGGACCAGGGUAAGGUAGCUGAACGUGGUACCCACUAUGGUUUGCUUGCUAACCCUGGCAGUAUCUAUUCAGAAAUGUGGCAUACACAGAGCAGCCAUGUGCAGAACCAUGAUAACCCCAGAUGGGAUGCAAAGAAAGAAAAUGUGUCCAAAGAGGAGGAAAGGAUGAAACUACAAGAAGAAAUUGUCAACAGUGUGAAAGGCUGUGGAAACUGUUCCUGCUAAGUCACAUGAAACCUUUUCAUUUCUUUUCUCUUCUCUUCUUUUCUUUUCUUUCCUUUUUUCUCCCUCCCUCCCUUCCUUCCUUCCUUUCUCUCCUCUCUUCCUUCCUCCCUUCUUCCUUUCUUUCUUUUUUUUCCUUGACUACACAUUUGCACUGAAGCAGAAUUGUUUUAUUAAAAAAAAUCAUACAUUCCCAUUUUCUAUAAUCCUUCUUUUAGAUAAGAUUUAUUUGGAAAGGGAAUUGAGUUUUACAUCUUUCACAAUCUAUUUAAUGUGAUAUUUAUAUUAUCCCCAAAUUAUUUUCUUGUUACUGCCUUAUUUGUGGUCAAAGCAUAAUUCUUCUUACUAUUUGACUUUACCCCAUUUCCAUUUUUGAGGCCUGAUAGCCAUUUGCUAUCCAUAACCAGAUGAAUCAGAUUGGUUUCCAAAUUUUUUGUAGUUUUUCAAACCUCUUUUAUGCUGACAAUUUAGAUGGAAAGUGUCUGUUUCUUAAAAAUUUUUUAAAAAAUAAGAGAGUAUAGGUUCAUUUUUUCUCCUCCCCUUCCCCCAUUGAAAUACUUCAAUGAUAGAUAACUAUACUUACAUUUUAAAAAUUAUUUGCCACUAUAUACCUUUAAGAGGAAAAACCUUGAUUCUCAUGUUGGUAUGUAGAAUGUUCUUCAUCAUUAACCAGCAUUGUAACUGUCAUCUAGCGGUGGGAAUUUUAUUUUUCCACCAAAUGAGGUGUUGCUUUUGUUUUGGACCAAAAUGUAUACAUUUCUUUUUAAAGACUCAUAAACCCUGAUGUAAUUUGAGAGUUACCAUACUGGGAGUGAUCUAAAAAGCUUAGGAAGUUAAUUGCCUUUUCUAUUUCCAUCUUAAAUGCACUGCUUUUGCUAUCUGAAGUUAUACAAAGAAACAACCAAAUGGGAUGUGUGCACGCAUGCAUGUGUGUACAUGUGUAUAAAGCAACAUCUACUUAAAAAUUAUUAAUGACCUUUAGGCAAAUAGGAGAGGAUUACACAUAUAUUUAGAUGAUCAGGACUCUAAUCUGUGUUGACACUUCAGAAUUACUUUAUUACCAGGUCUUCCCUUCCUUUUUCAGUAGUUUAAUGAGUUCCUUUAAGCUUGAAAUAACAAGGAGGAGCCCAAACAAGAUAAUCAAGAAAUAAUUAAUAAAAUGUUGGUAUAUAUUCACUUAGAAA